AUGGCAUCAGAACUACAAGGACAUCAUCUUGGAGCUAGACAUAAGUAUUUAAACUUAUUGUCAAAAUCCAUUGAACAAGAAUAUGUCUCUUUUGAAGACAUAGACAUUUCUGCCAGUGACAUUAUAAAUAUAGUCAAAAUUGAUUUGGCCAGUAAAAAUAGAAAUAUAAACUAUAUAUUAAUUGUAUUACAAUGUGAAGAUAUGCUUUAUGUUUCGAGAGCUCUCAAGCAAUGUCCCUGGUUGAUAAGUGACAGUGGUUAUGAAAACAUCAUUAAUCCUGAAUAUCUUCAUAAAGUGUUAUACCCUAAAAUGACUAGCAAGGCUGUUACAAAGUUAAAGAAAUAUAUAAAACUCAUCCUUAAGGAUUGCCAAAGAGUAGAACAGUUUUAUGCAUAUGAAGAAAAUGAAAAAGAAGCACUUGAGUGGUUGCCACACUGCUCUCCAGAUUUUAUAGUAACAAAUUUUAAGAAACAUAUAGAUCAUGUGGAUAUCCCUCUGCUAAAGCGUCUAUGUGAGAAAACAAUAGCACCUCUAGAAAUUUAUUUGGACUGUAAUAUUGUAUUAUAUAAAAAACAAGAAGCAUUGCAAGCAACAACUUUUCUUCUAAAAAUUGACUUAAAAAAAUAUCUUGACCUUGUUGAGCAUUCAGAGUAUAACUUAAAAUUUAAUAGCAAUUGCACAAAAUAUAUAUUGAAGCAAGACGCAUCAAGAAUUAUGAAUAACAUUGAAUUUUAUUAUUCAGUUAUAGAUAUAAAAACAUUUUUGAAUCAUUUAAAGAAAGAAGAUGUUAAACAUUAUCUGUAUAAGCUUUUUGAGAGUAAAAAAUCUAAAGAGAGAAGAUUUAUCAAGUUUGAAAUGUUAGUAAACUUUCUCACAGCCAUGCCGGAAGCUGACCGUUUGGAAACUGUAAAGCAAGUAUUUUUGGACAAAAUACAUUUAAUAGAAAAUAAAUGUCCUUUACCAAAACCACUUAGAAUUUCUAUGAAUAAUUUAUAUACUUUUAUGAGUACAUGUAAAUGGCAUUUUAUUUAUGACCAUUAUUGGUACCGUUUCACUUCAUUUGAUUUUGCUUAUCCACAAAUUAUAAAAAUAAUUUCGAAUGAUAUGUCAGUUGAAGAGAUAAACUCAAUUGUAGAAACAUUAAUCAUUGUCGCUGCCAAUUGUGAAAAAUACCUUACUGAAUUGGUUGAAUAUUUUUGCAAGCACUAUAAUAAUGGUGAUGCACGCAUAAAAAAAUCUUUUAUUGUUAAUAUAUUUAAAAACUCUGCAAAUUUAAAUAAAAACACAUGGGAGAAAAUCAAAAAUACUUUUAUGGGUGACAUUUUUUAUGAAACUGAUGAUACAAUCUAUGAUGAAAAUUUUGUUCAGUUGUGUAUGGAGUUAAUAAUAAUAAAUGAAUUAAUAUUCUCUGGAAAAAUAUCUGAAAUUAUUCAUAAGAGAUUUAAAUUUAAUUCCUUAAAGAAAUAUCAGAACAAAAUACCUGAAGAAAGUAGAGAAAAAUUAUUUGAAGUUCUUUUAAAUUUGAUUACCAAAAAGAUCAAUAGCCAUGUGGAACUUAAUAAAAAAGAAUAUUUAAACAAAGUUGAAUUACUUGAUAGUGCUUUAGAUUUGCUGAAUGACUGGAAUAAAGAACUUCGUGAUUAUCCUGUCAUACUUAACAUGAUUACAGAUUUUGUUAAUAGUACGGGAGGUAGCAACGUUUGA